AUGGGCGCCGUCUGUUCCUGCAUCGCAGGCGUAUUCCAAUCCAUCGGGGCCUGCCUCCGCGGUAUCGUCAAUGCUAUCGGCUCAAUCAUCAUGGCGAUUGUCAACGGCGUCGUGACUCUGUGCGAUGUCAUCAUCACAUGUCUGACGUGCGGCUAUUGCGGUCGACGUAGGGGGACGAGGAGGUCGAGGAUAUAA